AUGAAAUUGAAGAAAAUUGAUGAGUUUGAAAAAUAUUAUCCAUCAACAAAGGCUAUUGAAUGGUACACACGUGACUCAUUUCUUUAUCGAUUAUUAAAUCAAAAUUUUUGUUUACAAGAUAUUGAUAUAGUUUUUAAAUUUCGUUUUAUUAUUAAAGAGAUUUAUAAUCAAUUAAAUAAAUUACAUGAAAAUUUUAUAUGUUUAUCUAAUGCACUUGCACUUUCAUUUGCUGACGAUGGUUCAGGACAUCCACUUGUUGAAUCAGUUUUAUUUGAAAUUGAAAUUGAUACUACAAAUAUGGCUAAACCUUUUGCUAAUAUUUAA